CGCUCCCGCCCUCUCGCUGCGCUCGGCUGAGUCAGUCAGUCUGUCGGAGUCUGUCCUCGGAGCCGGAGGAGCGAAGGGGCUUCUGAGAGCUUGCUGCUCGAUAAUUUUCUUUCCCCUCCCUCUCUCCCGCCCCACAUCUCUCUUCACCCCUUUCCUGCCCUUGCUCGCGCAGCCAUGGCGGAACCGUCGGCGGCCACUCAGUCCCCGUCCGUUUCCUCGUCGUCCUCCGGGGCCGAACCCUCAGCGCCCGGCGGCGGGAGCCCUGGAUCCUGCCCCGCCCUGGGGGCGAAGAGCUGCGGCUCCUCCUGUGCGGAUUCCUUUGUUUCUUCCUCUUCCUCUCAGCCUGUAUCUCUAUUUUCGACCUCACAAGAGGGAUUGAGGUCUCUUUGCUCUGAUGAGCCACCUUCAGAAAUUAUGACUUCCUCCCUUUUUUCGUCUUCUGAAAUGCAUAACACUGACCUUACAGUACUACCUGGAGAAAAAAGCAAAGUGUUAGGCAGCCAGCCUAUUUUAGCCAAAGAAGGAAAAGACUAUUUGGAUCUCCUAGAUGUGAAAAAGAUGGAAAAGCCUCAAGGGACUAGUAAAGACAUAGCAUACUCCCCAGUUUCUGUUGGAGAAGGAGUUCAGUGUAACCGUCCUUCCAUUCCGGUCAGUUUCCCUGAUCGUCCUGCUUUUCUCUCAAAGGAAGUUGGUCUAAUGGAACAGCAAAUAAAUAAAAAUCAGGAGUCCAAGAGCCCAAAUGAGGUACCAGGUACGGAUGAUAAAACUGACUUGGAUGUUGAUGACAAGUUCACUUUGCUAACAGCCCAGAAACCACUCACCCAGCAGCCUAAGGCAGAAGGCAUUUGUACAUAUUCCUUAUCCCCAUUUGAAGUUUCAGGAGGUGGUAUUAUUGAAAAGGAUUCCCCUGAGUCACCAUUUGAAGUAAUUAUUGACAAAGAAGCAUUUGACAAAGAAUUUAAAGAUGCGUGUAAGGAGAGCACAAAUGAUUUUGGUAGCUGGGCAGUGCACAUUGAUAGAGAAUCAUCUGCAGACAUUUUGGAGUCUAAUGACAAAUUAUUUCCACUGAGAAGUAAAGAGGCAGGGCGUUACCCAACCUCUGCGUUGCUCACUAGACAGUUUUCGCACACAACUGCAGCAUUGGAAGAAGUGUCUAGAUGUGUGAAUGAUAUGCAUAACUUUACUAAUGAAAUAUUGACUUGGGAUUUGGUUCCCCAAGUGAAAGAAGAGAGCAAUAAAUCUGACUACACAAAAACUACAGGACUUGAUAUGAGUGAAUAUAAUUCAGAAAUCCCAAUUGUAAAUCUUAAAACUAAUGCUCACCAGAAAUUUUCUGUAUGUUCUAUUAAUGGGAGCACUCCCAUCAUUAAAUCAGCAGUUGAUUGGGCACAGGCAUCUCUCCCACAAGAAAAUGCUGUCACUGAAAAACCUAUGCCAGACUGUCUCCAUUCCACAAAGGAAAUCAAUAUCAAAGGUGUGGGAGGCAGUGUGCAGAAACAAGAUAACACACUUUCAGAGUUACCUGGAUCUCCUUUUGAGAAAAGUGUCUCUUUAGGUUCUGAAGUGGCCACUGGGAAAGUGGUCUUACCUGAUGGCCACGUGAAAGGUGAAAUGAAUUGGCAGAGCUCUGUGUUAGGAGAAGCCACAGAGGCUGAUAGUUCUGGUGAGUCUGAUGACACAGUAAUAGAGGACAUUACAACCAGUAUUUCAUUUGAAAGUAACAAAAUUCAGGCUGAAAAACCUGUUUCCAUUCCAAGUGCUAUUGUAAAAAGAGAUGAAAGAGAAAUCAAAGAGAUUUUCAAUUGCGAUAGGGAAAAUAAAACAUCUGAAAACUUUGAAGGGCCAGUCAGUGGCUCUGAGGCAGCGCAAGUUCAGCCUGAUAUUCUUGAAAGGAGUCCAGCUGGUGAGGCAGCAUGUUCACAAGUACCUGAUCUGAAUGGCAUGUCAGAAGAGGUGGAGCAGUCGGGUAGAAUGAGUGAAGUUGAAAAGCCUGUUGCAACCGAGAAUCGCAAACUUUCUUCAGCUUUGUCUCCAAGUGUUCUUAUGGAGACAGAAUUCUCACUAAAUGUGACAGCCUCUGCCUAUUUGGAGUCAUUACAUGAAAAAAGUGUUAAAGAUGCAGAUGAUUCUUCCCCAGAGGACCUGAUAGCAGCCUUUACAGAAACCAGAGUGGAAGGAAUUGUAGAUAAAGGUGCAGGAAAUGCCUUUCAGGCAACAUCAGAGAAGACUGCGGACUUUAAAACAACUCUUGCUGUGGAAGUCUUGCAUGAAAAUGAAUCAGGUGGUUCUGAAAUUAAAGACAGAAAAAGCAAACGCACUGAACAAAGCAAAGAAACUAAUGAAAGUAUGGUUCUAGAUGUUUUCCCUGCCCAAGGUACUCCAGCAGCAUCUCUUGACUUAGAACAGGAACAGCUCACAAUCAAAGCCCUUAAGGAACUGAGUGAAAGGAAGGUUGAGAAGUCAGCUUCUGUACUGGAUAAUGUAGAAUCUCCUCCUGAAAAAAUACUCAAGCAGACUUUCACAUGUGAUCCAGAAUCUUCUUGGCUUCAGAGAUCGUAUGAUGUCCUAGAACACACAGAAGUUAAUACUGGAUCUGAUCUUGGGAUUUCCAGGAAGCCCACAUUUAGCAAAGAAACUCCUAGGGUAGAUACUAUUUCGAGCCUUAGUAAGACUGAAGUGGUAAACAAGCAAGUCCUAGCAAGACUUCUCACAAACUUCUCAGUGCACGAUCUGAUUUUCUGGCGAGAUGUGAAGAAGACUGGGUUUGUCUUUGGCACCACACUGAUCAUGCUGCUCUCCCUGGCAGCUUUCAGUGUCAUCAGUGUGGUUUCUUACCUCAUCCUGGCUCUUCUCUCUGUCACCAUCAGCUUCAGGGUCUACAAGUCUGUCAUCCAAGCUGUACAGAAAUCAGAAGAGGGCCAUCCGUUCAAAGCCUACCUGGAUGUAGACAUUACUCUGUCCUCAGAAGCUUUCCAUAAUUAUGUAAAUGCUGCCAUGGUGCACAUCAACAGAGCCCUGAAACUCAUUAUUCGUCUCUUUCUGGUGGAAGAUUUGGUUGACUCCUUGAAGCUGGCUGUCUUCAUGUGGCUUAUGACCUAUGUUGGUGCCGUUUUCAAUGGAAUCACCCUUCUGAUUCUUGCCGAACUGCUCAUUUUCAGUGUCCCCAUUGUCUAUGAGAAGUACAAGACCCAGAUUGAUCACUAUGUUGGCAUCGCCCGCGAUCAGACCAAGUCGAUUGUUGAAAAGAUACAAGCAAAACUCCCUGGAAUCGCAAAAAAGAAGGCAGAAUAAGUACAUGGGAACCAGAAAUGCAACAGUUACUAAAACACCACUUAAUAGUUAUAACGUUAUUACUUGUACUAUGAAGGAAGUGCUCAGUGUCAGCUCGAGCCUGCAUUCCAAGCUUCUUUUUCUUAAUUUGGUGUUUUCUCCCCUCCUUUCCCUUUACCCUCAGUAUCAAGCACAAGAAUUGUUGGACUAAAAAAAGAACUGAUAUCUUAGGACCCAAAAGAAUACAGAGAGAGUCAAAUUAAUAGGAUAAAUCAGUACCUUAAUGGUGGUGGAGCUUUUACUUGUAGCUUGAAAAGGGGAGAGAUUGGAGGUCAAGGAGAAAAUGAAAGAUAAAGCACUGCUCUUGGACUCUGCUAUCCAGUUCUCAAGGACUAGUCUUACACAGCUUCCCAUCAGAGUUUUACCCUUAUUUUUAAGUUAAAUAAUGAUUAACUUAUGAGGAAAUUAUCUGGGGACAAGAGUGGGAUUCCUUCCCAUGGGGUUUCUGGCAGCCCUCUGAUCCCAUCUUCCUGCCCCACAAUGUGAGCAGCUACUCCUAAUCUUCCUCUUCUUCACGUAAUGCUAUAACUUCCAACUCUAUGAAUAACCCGUAGGUGAUAAGUUCCUGAUUCCCAGAAUGCCAUCUGGGAACCAAGAAUGGAAAUGGAAGGUGGGGCUGGGACGACCCUCCCCUCCUGCUCACCCCUAAGAAAGGAAAGUCUCUGCCAUUUGGGAGGGUGGCGCCUGCGUCUAUUCUCAUAGGCACCAGUUCUGAGCUUUAGUUUGAGAACUCAUUCCUGAAUGUGCUUUCCUCCCUCUUCCCUGCCCACCUCACCUCGAGUUUAAUAAAUAUGGUUGUACUUUUCUUAUUAUGAAAUAAAUGUCUGUAACUGCUGUACACUGCUGUAAACUUGUUAGAGAAAAAAAUAAUUUGCAUGUGGGCUCCUCAGUUGUUGAGUUAUUGUAAUCCUGUCUCAGUCCAUGGUGGGGGGAACAUUCUCAAGAGGUGAAUACAGAAACA